AUGGCCUUGGUCACAAAUGUUCUCGCCGCCGUCGUGGCGGUCGCCCUUUUCAUCCGGCUGUUGUUCACCGGCCGUCGGCCUAAGAAUUAUCCGCCUGGCCCCCCGACCCUGCCAAUUAUUGGUAACCUCCAUCAGAUGCCCAAGCGUGAUGCCCAUCUUCAGUUUGAGAAGUGGGCGCGCGAGUAUGGCCCGAUCUACAGCCUCAUCCUCGGCACCAAGACGCUUGUCGUGCUCAACAGCGACAAGGCCGUCAAGGACCUGCUGGACAAGAAGUCCAACAUGUACUCACACCGUCAAGAAAUGUACAUCGGUCAGACCCUGUGCAGUGGCAACCUUCGCAUUCUGAUGAUGGGCUACGAGCCGCGCUGGCGCAUGUGCCGCAAGCUCGUCCACACCCUGCUCAACAUCUCGGCCGCCAAGUCCUACGUCCCCUACCAAAUACUGGAGAACCGCCAGAUGCUCUACGACAUGAUUGUUCAGCCCGAGCGCUGCAUGUACAACAUCCGUCGCUACACCAACUCGCUCACAACCACCAUGGUCUUCGGCUGGCGUGGCCCGACCUACGAGGAUCCCCGUAUGAUGCAGUUGUUUGAUGGCUUCUCCGAGUUUGCUGAGCUCAAUCAGACCGGCAUGGCUGGUCUUGUCGACUUCUUCCCCUGGCUGCGCAUCCUGCCCGACUUCAUGCUGCCCAUUCGCAAAAAGGCGAAGGAGCUCCACCGCAAGGAGAAAGAGCUGUACAUGGGCCAUUGGCUCAAGGCUAAGCAGGAGACUCUCGCCGCCGGCUCCGACACCACCUCUUCGACUCUGUAUGCCUUCGUCCAAGCCAUGGUGCUCUACCCCGAGGUGCAGAAGAAGGCCCAGGAAGAAAUUGACCGCGUCGUUGGAUCCAAGCGCAUGCCCACCAUGGACGACGAGAAGGAUCUCCAAUAUGUCCGCCAGAUCGUCAAGGAAUCCCUCCGCUGGAUGCCCACCACCAUCAUGGGCGCUGUUCCCCACGCUGUUACCACAGACGACUGGUACGAGGGCUACCUCAUCCCCAAGAAUGCUGGUGUUGUCAACAACGUCUGGGCUAUUCACAUGGAUCCUAAGCGUUACCCCGAUCCUCGCACGUUCAACCCCGACCGCUACAAGGACGACUUCCAAUCUCUGGCCGACGCUGCUGCCAACCCGGAUCCUUCCAAGCGCGACCAAUUUACAUUCGGUGCCGGCCGCCGUAUCUGCCCUGGCAUCCACGUCGCGGAGCGCAGCCUUUUCCUUGGUGUCUCGCGUAUGCUCUGGGCAUUUAACAUCACUCCUGCUCUCGACAAGAAUGGCAAGCCGAUCAUGCCCAAGGCGCAUGAUCUGACUCAGGGCUUUGUCUGCCAGCCGGUUGAGUUCCCUGUCACGAUCACUCCCCGCGAUGAGAGCCGGAAGCAGAUGGUUAUUGAUGAGUGGCGGACUGCAGAGAAGGAGUGGCUUGAUCCGGUGACAAAGCAGUGGAAGGUAUGCCCGCUUGGACCGGCGAAGAGUAGGAGGUUGAGGAAGGAUGAUUUUGAGUAG